AUGUCAGAAAGCCGAAUUGUAGAGCAAGUUUCAAAUGAAAUUUCUGAAAUUUACACUAAAAAUAAUGUUCUUGCAGAUGACAAAGAAUCGGAACCACAACCACAAGAGACUCGCCCAGGAGUGUUACUGCUUCGUUGGUGGUUGAAUAAGUCCUUUAGAGUGGAAAUGACAGACGGAAGAAUCCUUAUAGGAGUGUUCCUGUGCACCGACAGAGACGCCAAUAUCAUCCUAGGCUCUUGUUCCGAGUACUUACCAUUAGAGAGCAAAAGUAAAAGCACUAACGAAGAGCCACGAAUGCUCGGCCUGGUCAUGAUACCGGGAAAACACAUCGUUAGCAUUCGAUUAGACGCGGAAUGCGAAUCGGGCAAUCAGAAACCAUUGAUGAAGGAUGCCAGUUGCUAA